CGCCCUGCUCUUCGUAAACAUUCGUGAAUGGAAAGCAGUUGCAGAACAGACUUACAUCUUGUCAAACGUUUCUUCCUCGAAUCCUCUGCAGUUUUGUGAUUGAUUAGCUGGAUCCUCUUGCAGCUUUUGAGGGAAGAUGGAGACCUUCUUCGCAGAGGGUUCUCGAGUGUGGGUGAAUCAUAAAGAUCAGCUGGUCCCGUCUACAGUGAACUCCUUUGGAGAUGGAACCCUGGUGCUCACCACUGACUACGGGGAGGCGGUGUACCUGCAGCAGGCGGAGGUGAACAGGGAGAAGGUGUCCCCCAUGCACCAGAGCAGUAUUGAUGGAGUGGAGGACAUGUCCACGCUGGCAGAGCUCCAUGAGGCCGCCAUCAUGCACAACCUUCAUCAGCGAUACCAGAAAGACAACAUCUAUACUAACAUAGGUUCUAUCCUGGCGGCCGUGAAUCCUUAUAAGCAGAUCAGAGGGCUGUAUGAUCUCUCUGCAGUGGAGCUGUACAGUCAGCAUCAUUUGGGCGAGCUGCCACCACACAUCUUUGCUAUUGCCAAUGAGUGCUACCGCUGCUUAUGGAAGAGACAUGAUAGCCAAUGUGUACUGAUCAGUGGUGAAAGUGGAGCUGGGAAAACAGAGAGCACCAAACUACUGCUACAGUUCCUGUCUGUCAUGAGCCAAAACUCUGCCGGGACGCCGCCUACAGAGAAGAGCACACGUGUGGAGCAAGCCAUCGUACAGAGCAGCCCCAUCAUGGAAGCGUUUGGAAAUGCCAAAACAGUCUACAACAACAACUCCAGUCGCUUUGGGAAAUUCAUUCAGCUUCAUUUCUCUCAAAGUGGGAACAUCCAGGGAGGAUGCAUCGUUGACUAUUUACUUGAAAAGAAUCGAGUGGUAAGGCAGAAUCCAGGGGAGAGAAACUACCACAUCUUUUAUGCUUUGCUGGCAGGGGCCAGCAAAAGCCAAAAGGAAACAUAUUUUCUGGAAGACUCCCCUGAGUUAUUUCACUACCUGAAUCAGUCAGGAUGUGUGAAGGACCGCAGUCUCCAUGACAAGCAGCAUUUUGACGAUGUCAUGGAAGCUCUGAAGGUCAUGGAGUUCACAGAAGAAGAGAUCAGAGAUAUGUUUAAACUGCUGUCUGGAGUUCUGCAGCUUGGCAAUGUGGAGUUCAUGACAGCAGGGGGCGCUCAGAUCACCACCCAACAGGUUGUCACUAAUGUGAGUGAGCUCCUGGGUCUGGACAGUUUUCAGUUGUCUGAGGUUCUAACCCAGCGUUCCAUGAUCCUCAGAGGAGAAGAGAUCUGCUCUCCACUCACAGUGGAACAGGCAAUAGAUUCCCGGGAUUCGGUUGCCAUGGCACUUUAUUCUCAGUGCUUCUCGUGGAUCAUCAUGCGAAUUAAUCAGAAGAUAAAGGGCAAAGAUAAUUUCAAGUCUAUUGGAAUCUUGGACAUCUUUGGUUUUGAAAACUUUGAGGUGAACCGUUUUGAGCAGUUCAGCAUUAACUAUGCUAAUGAGAAACUGCAAGAAUAUUUCAACAAACACAUCUUCUCUCUGGAGCAACUGGAGUACAACAGGGAAGGGAUUCACUGGGAAGCCAUUGACUGGAUGGACAAUGCAGAAUGUCUGGAUCUGAUUGAGAAGAAACUGGGCAUGUUAGCUCUGAUUAAUGAGGAGAGCCGAUUUCCCAAAGGCACUGACUUCACCCUGCUGGAGAAACUGCACAGCAGACACUCUACUAAUCCCUAUUAUGUGAAACCCAGACUGGCAGACCAUCAGUUUGGGAUAAAACACUAUGCUGGAGAGGUCUUAUAUGAUGUGAGGGGGAUUUUAGAAAAGAACAGAGACACAUUUAGAGAUGAUAUACUGAACAUGCUGAAAGAUAGUAGAUUGGAUUUCAUCUAUGACCUGUUUGAGCAAGUGAGCAGCAGAAAUAAUGAGGAGACCUUGAAGAUGGGCACAGCAAGAAAAAAGCCCACUGUCAGCUCACAGUUCAGAGACUCUCUUCAUGCCCUAAUGGCCACUCUCAGUGUAUCCAACCCCUUUUUUGUGCGUUGCAUCAAACCCAACAUGGACAAGACCCCAAACAAGUUCGACCCAGAUGUGGUUCUCAAUCAACUGCGGUACUCUGGCAUGUUGGAGACGGUGAAGAUUCGCAGAGCUGGAUUCCCUGUCCGACGCACCUUUAAAGACUUCUUCAGCAGGUAUAAGAUUAUUCUGAAGGAGAAGGAAAAGGCAGCUGUGGCUUCAAAUGGAGAUGAGAAAAAGAAGAUCACAGAUUUGCUCACACUUCACGACAGGACCAAAAAGGAGUGGCAGUUUGGGAAGACCAAGGUGUUUCUAAAAGAACUUCUAGAACAGAAGCUGGAGAAGCAGAGGGAUGAAGUGCGAAGCAAAGCUGGACUGAUCAUACGAGCCUAUCUUCUGAGAUAUAUUGCAAGAAAGAACUUUAAGAAGGCCCUGGACAGCAUUCGGACCAUCCAGAAGAACUACCGCGCACAUUUCUAUCGAAGCCACUUUCAACGGAAAUGCUCAGCUGCACUUGUUCUCCAGAAACACAGGAGAGGGCAAGUGGCAAGAGGAGUCUGCCACAAACUACGAGAAGAGAAGAGGAAGAAAGAGGAGGAGGAAAGGAAAAAGAAAGAAGAGGAGGAGAAGAAAACAGAGGGAGACCAUGAAAAGAAAAAUGAAGAGGAAAAGGCAGGCGAGAAAGCAGAGGUCAGUGACUUUGACAUUCCUUUUAAAAGCUCAUAGACCAUGCAUACUAGCUCCCGUCAGAUGGAGGAAAUUCUGCGUUUGGAGCGAGAGAUUGAGCGUCUGCAGAAGAAAAGAGAAGACGGUGUGUCUAUGCUAUGUGAGAGCUCAAGACAGGAACUCCGCUUGCGUCGUGAUGCUGAGGUCCUGCGUCAGAAAAAAGCUGCUUCUCGUGUCGCUACUGAAUUCCUUGAACUGCUUGACACUGGAGGCCCAGAAGUCAUUCCAGGUGAUGCUAGCCAACCUGCCCCCAGACCGGCAGGAGCCACUGAGGAAGAGGUAGAUGAAGGCUUCCAUGCAGAGGAAGAGUGCAUACCACUUCCCGAGUUCCCCCCUCCAGUGGAAGGUCCAGUGGAUCAGGAGAUCUUAGGCACUCUGCCACCUCCUCCUCCUCCUGCCUUUGCAGAGGGUACGGUGGCCCCAUCUGCACCCAGCGUUCCACCUGGGGCUCCUCCACCACCACCUCCUCCUCCUCCACCACCUCCUCCCCCUCUCCCUGGCGAAACCAAAAAGGAAGUUGGAAAAACUGAAGAUGCUAAAACAGUUGUGGAUGGGAAAAAGGAGGGAGAGGAUGUGGAUCGCACCAGCAGGCUGACUGCAGCAGAGUCUCUGCCAGACACAGAGGAACCCAUCUACAGUGUGCCUGGGGAUGGCGAGUCAGACUAUGACCAAGACGAUCUAGAGGACGGACAGAGCAGCAUUGCAGCGACGGACACAGAACACGCACGCAAGUCCACCUGCACCAACGCAAGCCAGGAGUCUUACAACCGCAGCUCAGAUUCGUAUGCUGACAGCGAUGAUGAGCAUGAUGGCUAUGUGGACACAGAUGAGGAGGUAUCCAACGGUAAAGUCAACAUCUUGAACGGGAACGGACCUCCGUAUUUCCACAGUUACCUUUACAUGAAGGCUGGCUUGAUGAUCCCGUGGCGCAGGCGUUGGUGUGUUCUGAAGGACGAAACAUUCAUGUGGUUCCGCUCUAAACAGGAGUCGUUAAAGUCAGGCUGGCUGUACAAGAAGGGCGGCGGUCUAUCUACUCUCUCUCGCAGGAACUGGAAGAUGCGCUGGUUCGUUCUGCGUGACUCCAAGCUCAUGUACUUUGAGAAUGACAGUGAGGAAAAGCUGAAAGGGACAAUUGACAUCCACUCAGCCAAGGAGAUUGUGGACAAUCAUGAGAAAGAGAAUGCUCUGAAUAUUGUGACAGACGAGAGAACAUACCAGGUGUUUGCAGAGUCACCGGAGGAUGCCAGUGGCUGGUUUACCAUGUUGAGUCGUGUCCAAAAUGCCACCCCAGAGCAGCUGCUGGAGAUGUCCCAUGAGCAGGCCAACCCAAAGAACGCUGUGGGCACACUGGAUGUUGGAUUGAUUGAUUCAGUCUGUGCAUCAGACAAUCCCGACAGACCUAAUUCAUUUGUGAUCAUCACAGCCAAUCGUGUGAUGCACUGUAACUCAGACCUGCCGGAGGAAAUGCAUCAUUGGAUCAGUCUGUUGCAGAAACCCAAAGGAGACUCCAAGAGUGAUGGACAAGAGUUCCUGGUCAGAGGAUGGCUGCACAAGGAGAUGAAGGCAGGAGCCAAAAGUUCUGCUCUCAAACUGAAAAAGCGCUGGUUUGUCUUGACUAACAACUCUCUGGACUACUACAAGUCUUCUGAGCGCAAUGCAUCUAAGAUGGGCACUCUGGUUCUGAACAGCCUGUGCUCUGUGGUCCAGCCUGAGGAGAAAAAGUUUAAAGAGACAGUUUACUGGAACAUCAUAAUUCAUGGGCGUAAACAUUCAUACCGUCUGUACACCAAGUUGCUGAAUGAAGCCAUGCGCUGGGUGUCUGCCAUUCAGGGCGUCAUUGACAACAAGGCACCCAUUGAAACGCCCACCCAGCAACUCAUUAGGGACAUUAAGGAGAGCAGUGUGAACUCUGAGGCUGUGGAACAAAUGUAUCGGAGAAACCCCAUUCUGAGAUAUACCCAGCAUCCCUUGCAUUCACCUCUUCUGCCACUACCAUACGGAGAGGUCAGCGAAAGCUUGCAAAAGGAGAAGGGUUAUGGAAGCCUGCAGGAUGAGGCUGUGAAGAUCUUUAACUCACUUCAAGAAAUGGAGAUCGUUUCAGACCCUGUCGCCAUCAUCCAGGGCAUCCUGCAGACCUGCCACGAUCUGCGGCCACUGAGAGACGAGGUUUACUGUCAGCUGAUCAAGCAGACCAAUCACGUGCCCCAACCCAACAGCCCUGCAAACCGUGCACAUUGGCACCUGCUCACCUGCAUGAGCUGCACCUUCCUGCCCAGUCGCGCCAUCCUGCGCUACCUCCGAUUCCACUUGAAGAGAGUUAGAGAGCGCUACCCUGGCACCGAGAUUGAGAAGUACGCCCACUUCAUUGGUGAGUCCCUGAAGAAGACAAAGACCAGGGAGUAUGUGCCCUCUCAGGAGGAGAUCGCCGCCCUGCUGAACAGACAGGAAAUGACAACUACUGUGUACUGCCAUGGAGGAGGGUCUUGCAAGAUAUCCAUCAACUCACACACCACAGCUGGAGAGGUGGUUGAGAAGCUGAUUCGUGGUCUGGCAAUGGAAGAUAGCAGGAAUAUGUUCUCUUUGUUUGAGCACAAUAAGUUGACAAGUCGGGCCAUAGAAAGCCGUAUAAUUGUGGCAGAUGUGCUCGCAAAGUUUGAGAGGUUGGUAGGUAGUGAAGAUGAGGAGGAGGAAGGGCCCUGGAGGCUAUAUUUCAAGCUCUAUUGCUUUCUUGAUGUGGAAAGCAUGCCCAAAGAGGGAGUGGAAUUUGCCUUCAUGUUUGAGCAGGCUCACGAGAGUCUCAUCAGUGGUCAUUUCCCAGCCCUUGAGGAAACCCUCCAGCACUUAGCAGCCCUGCGACUGCAGUACAUCCACGGUGACGUGGCCCGUACGCCCUGGAGCCUAAGCAGCGUCUACCCUGUUGGACGACUUCGCACCCGCAUACUCCAAUCCACUAAAGCAGGGGGUGCUGGAGUACCCGGCGCUGGUAUAGUAGGGCCAGGAGGUCACACUUUAGAACGCCGGAAGGCCAACUUCCUAGACGGGACGCUGAGACGCAGCUUCAAGACAGGAUCACUGAAGAAACAGCGUGUGGAGGAGGAACAGAUGUUGGAGAUGUUUGUAAAGGAGGAGAUGUCAGCCACACUGACCAGCGUGCUGGAGAAAUGGAGCCGUCUACAGGGCAUGCCUCAGCACCAGGCCAUGCUCAGCUACAUGACCGUCAUCAAAGAGUGGCCGGGAUAUGGGUCCACACUGUUUGAUGUGGAGUGUAAGGAGGGCGGCUUCCCUCAUGAUCUGUGGCUGGGAGUCAGUGCUGAAAACGUCUCUGUGUACAAACGGGGUGAACCCAAACCUCUCGAAACUUUCCAGUAUGAGCACAUCGUUUUCUUCGGAGCACCUCAGCCCAGCACAUACAAAAUCAUUGUUGAUGAAAGAGAGAUGUUCUUUGAGACGUCUCAGGUGGGUGAAAUCACUAAGAUCAUGAAGGCUUACAUCAAUAUGAUCGUCAAAAAGCGCUGCAGUAUCAUGUCCAUCACCAGCAACAGCAGCACCUGGAUGAGGUGAUCAACACCAACCAGCGCCCAACGUGUCCAGAAACACAAUGUCAUGAAAGUGAAGUAUACUACUGACCGUUCUUGAUUGGAGAAUGAGAGCAGAGAAGAAACAAAGACUUCACCUUUCCAACGACUGAACUUAACCUACUGGAAUCCUCUGUAUACCUGUCCUAAAUACACAGCACAUGUUUAGUAUUUAUCGACCAGUGUCACCUUUACGAAGCACAACAAAGCCUGGUAACCUGCUCACUGUUCCCUCCCCUCACUUGCAGCACCCUGACUGAUGACCAAACUUAUUUAUUUCCUUGUUUCUUCUUCUCCAUUUCAUACCCUUCUCUCUACCCUCAGUGAUGUAGUACCUAACCAACAACCACCUACAACUCCAUGUACCGGUAGUUUUACAGAGGUGUAUAUAUUGUGCUUGUGUGUGAGAUCAGAGUUUGUGCACACACACAUACAGGUGAAUGCUUUGUGGAGCACAUACAGAGCUAUUUUGUAAAGCCAUGGCUGUUGGAGGCCGUUCAGAUAGCAGGAGGCGAAAGCUAUGCGUAAACAUUCCCAUUCAUCUCAAUGGCAGCUGCUCGGCUGGCGCAGGAUACCCCAGAAGUAUGCUGAUUGAAUUCUGCAUUAUUAAACGGAUAGUUACAGUCCUCGAUUCUGAUUGGUUGAGCUGUGUUCGAAGCUGUUGUAAAUUACACUACAAACAUACACCUUUGUUAACUUCUGUGUGUUGCUUGGCAACCACUUUGUUGGAACCAUAACUGUUUCUGAGGAACU